AUGGAGGGCACUCCAAUUGCCCCGAAGGACAUAAAGAUCCUUGAGACCGUGGAGGACAUACAGGAGCGGAGGUCUCAGGUCCUCGGCCGAUACACCGAUUUUAAGAACCAAGCCCAUGAGAAGCGGGAUCGUCUCGAGAAGGCGCGACGCUUCCAAUACUUUAAACGUGAAGCCGAUGAGCUCGAAGGCUGGAUUUACGAGAAGCUGCAAGCUGCCUCGGAUGAGAACUAUAAAGACCCGACAAACCUACAGGCCAAAAUCCAAAAACAUCAGGCCUUCGAAGCCGAGGUGGCCGCGCACUCCAAAGCCAUCAUUGUCUUGGACAACACCGGCAUGGAAAUGAUCAAACAUGGACAUUUCGCGUCUGAGACCAUCAAACAACGUCUCGACGAACUACACCGUCUAUGGGAACUUCUCCUGAGCAAAUUGGCCGACAAGGGUCUCAAGCUCCAACAAGCCCUUGUCCUGGUCCAGUUCCUUCGUCAUUGGGAUGAAGUGAUGUUCUGGAUCUCCGAUAAGGAGAGCUUCGCGACAACGUCCGACGACUUCGGACACGAUCUGGAGCACGUCGAGCUCCUUCAGCGCAAGUUCGACGAAUUCCAGAAGGAUAUGGCCAGUCAGGAGAUCCGUGUCAAGCAGGUCCACGAACAAGCGGACAAGCUUAUCACCGACAGCCACCCCGAACACGAUCUGAUCGCUUCGAAGAAGAGCGAGCUAAACGCCGCUUGGAGCAAGCUGAAAGAGCUGGCGCUCAAGAGACAGGAACGUCUGUUUGGAGCUCACGAAAUGCAACGUUUCAACCGGGAUGCCGACGAGACCAUCGCUUGGAUAUCCGAGAAAGCGCAACUGCUGUCGAGCGACGACUACGGACGAGAUUUGGUUUCGGUUCAGACGCUCCAACGUCGCCACGAAGGCCUGGAACGGGACCUCGCUGCUCUGGAGGACAAAGUCAUCGCUCUGGGCCACGAGGCGGGCAAGCUCGCCAACGAGCAGCCCGACGAGGCCGCGGCCGACGCGAUCAGGAGCAAGCACAACGAGAUCGUCCAGAAUUGGGAGGAGCUGAAGAAAGCCGCCCAGGAACGCCGACGCAAACUCGACGAGAGCUACGGAUUGCACAGAUUCUUAGCGGACUUCCGCGAUCUGAUUUCCUGGAUGCACGACAUGAAGGCCACAAUGUCGGCCGACGAACUGGCGAAGGACGUCGCCGGGGCCGAGGGUCUUCUCGAACGACACCAGGAGCACAAGGGGGAAAUCGAUGCCAGAGAAGACUCCUUCAGGCUGACUGCUGAGGCUGGUCAGAUGCUCAUCGACCAGAAUCAUUACGCAUCUGACAGCGUCAAAGAGAAAUUAGUCCAGUUGGCCGAGGAGAAAAUGGCGCUGCUCUCUUUGUGGGAAGAAAGACGAGUCCUCUACGAACAAUGCAUGGAUCUGCAGCUCUUCUAUCGGGACACCGAGCAGGCCGACACCUGGAUGGCCAAGCAGGAAGCGUUCCUGGGAAAUACCGACCUCGGAGAUUCGCUCGACAGCGUUGGAGCCCUUUUGAAAAAACACGACGACUUCGAGAAAUCCCUCCACGCCCAAGAGGAGAAGAUCAAGGCUCUGGAUGAGUUCGCCGUAAAGCUGAUCCAGGGCAAACACUACGCCGCAUCGGAUGUCGGUCAGAGACGCGACGCCCUGCUGAAGCGUCGCCAGGCGCUCGUCGAAGCAGCGGCGCAACGCAACGCUCUCCUCGGAGGAAGCUACAAGCUCCAGCAGUUCGAGACCGAUGUCGAUGAGACGAAGGGGUGGAUCAAUGAGAAAUUGAAGAACGCCACCGACGAGAACUAUCUCGACCCCACCAAUCUCCAAGGCAAGGAGCAGAAACAUCGGAAUUUCGCGCAGGAAUUGGAGACGAACGAGAGCCGCAUCAAAGAGAUCCUGUCCACCGGAGGGCAACUGGUUGAAGAGAAGCAUUUUGCGAGCGACACCAUUCAGCAGAGGAUGGAAAUGAUCAUGCAGCUCUGGAGCUCACUCGUUGAAGCUUCGGAACGCAAGGGAACUAAACUGCGCGAGGCCGCAGACCAGCAAGCCUUCAACCGAGGCGUUGAAGAUAUCGAGCUUUGGCUUUCCGAAGUCGAAGGCCAAUUGAUGAGCGAGGACUACGGGAAGGAUCUCACUUCUGCGCAGAACCUUCUUAAGAAACACGCGCUCAUCGAGGCAGAUGUAGCAUCUCAUGGAGAUCGAGUAGAGAACUCCCUUCUAGCAGCGAAUAAAUUCGUCGAAAAGGGCCAUUUCGACGCGCCCAACAUCAUCGCUAAGCAAGAGGCUCUCAGGAAUAGAUACACCUCACUCCAGAAACCGCUCCAGGAGCGUCGCCGUCGUCUCGAGGAGUCGAUGGCUAUUCACCAAUUGCUUCGCGAUAUGGAUGAUGAGGAGAGCUGGAUCCGCGAGAAGGAGCCCAUCGCGGCCUCGACCAACCGCGGAAGAGACCUGAUAGGCGUCCAGAACCUCAUCAAGAAACACCAGGCCGUGCUUUCGGAGGUUGCGAACCACGAAUCCCGCGUGGUUCUUGUUUGCGACGCGGCCGAGAAAAUGGCGAAUAGGACGAAGUCGCCCGCCGUGGGCUCGAAACUGGCCGACCUCCAAGAGAAGUGGCAACUCCUCAAGGACAGAGCCACCCGUCGCAAACAAGAUCUCGAAGACUCGCUGCAAGCCCAGCAGUAUUUCGCCGAUGCCAACGAGGCUGAGAGUUGGAUCCGCGAGAAAGAGCCAAUUGUUCUGUCGGUCGACUUCGGUAGAGACGAAGACUCGGCUGAAGCUCUGCUGAAGAAGCACGAGGCCCUUAUGGCCGACCUGGAGGCGUUCUCCAACUCAGUCGAAGCUCUGAGGGACCAAGCGAAAUCCUGUCGACAACAGGAAGCACCGGUUGUGGAUCAGGCGGGCAAAGAGUUCGUAGUUGCCCUCUACGAUUAUUCAGAGAAAUCACCCCGUGAGGUGUCGAUGAAGAAGAACGACGUCCUCACGCUCCUGAACUCGAACAACAAGGACUGGUGGAAGGUGGAGGUGAACGACCGUCAAGGUUUCGUGCCCGCCGCCUACGUCAAGAGGUUGGACCAUUCUGGUCUGAGCGCUUCGAAGCAACAUCUCGCCGGAGAGACUUCGAUUGCAGCGCGUCAAGCUCAGAUCGAGAGCCAGUACGCUAAUCUUCUAGCUAAAGGUCAUGAAAGGGCCAACAAGCUCCGCGAAAGCUGCAAAGCCUUCUCACUGGUCAGAGAAGCCGCAGAACUCGCCCAAUGGAUCCGCGACAAGGAACAAGUGGCUCAAGUUCAAGAGGUCGGCGAGGAUCUCGAGCAAGUCGAGGUCCUGCAGAAGAAGUUUGACGACUUCAUGGCCGACCUCAAGGCCAACGAGGUCCGUUUGGCCGAGAUGAACGAUAUCGCCUCGCGACUCAUGACCCUCGGACAGACCGAGGCGGCCAACAAGAUCCAGACCCAGAUCGACGAGUUGAACGAUAAAUGGAGGAACCUCGAAACCGUCACCCAUCAGAGAGCGACCCAGCUGGGCUCGGCUCACGAAGUGCAGAGGUUCCAGAGGGACGCCGACGAGACCAAGGACUGGAUCCAGGAGAAAGAAGAAGGCCUCGAUACGGACGACUUCGGUCACGAUCUUCGUUCCGUGCAAGCGUUGCAGAGGAAACACGAUGGCUUGGAGAGAGAUCUCGCUGCUCUUUCGGAACGAAUUCGUCAGCUCGAUGAGACCAGCAGGAGACUCACGAAAAGUCAUCCCGACUCGGCUCAGGCCACCUUCAGCAAGCAGAAAGAAAUCAUCGAACAGUGGACCCAGCUCACGACGAAGGCCCAGCUGCGUAAAGAGAAGCUCAUGGACAGCUACGAUCUGCAGAGAUUCCUCGCCGACUACAGGGAUCUCUCGUCUUGGCUCAAUUCCAUGUACUCCCUGGUAUCGUCUGACGAACUCGCAAAUGAUGUCACAGGGGCUGAGGCGCUGCUAGAGAGGCAUCUGGAGCACCGCACCGAGAUCGACGCUCGCCAAGGAACGUUCCAGGCUUUUGAACAAUUCGGACAACAGCUGCUGAGAAACGGUCACUACGCGAGCCCCCAGAUCCAGGACAGGCUUGAGAAGAUCACCGAGGUGAGGCUGCAACUCGAGAAAGCCUAUCUGGCCCGGAGGACGCGCGUCGAAGAAUGCCUCGACCUGCAACUCUUCUACCGAGAUUGCGAGCAGGCCGAGAACUGGAUGGCGUCCCGCGAGGCCUUCCUCCGCUCCGACGACAUGGGCGGAGACAACGUCGAGGCCCUCAUCAAGAAACACGAGGACUUCGACAAGGCCAUCAGUGCUCAAGAAGAAAAGAUCGCCACUCUAUGCAACCUCGCAGACAAACUCAUUUCCGCCGAACACUACGCCGCCGAAGACAUUGACGCCAAGAAGAAACAAGUCCUCAAUCGAUGGGCUCACCUCAAAGACGCUCUCAUCGUCAAGAGGUCGCAGCUGGGCGAGUCGCAGACUCUGCAGCAGUUCUCCCGGGAUGCGGACGAAAUCGAAAACUGGAUCACCGAAAAGUUGGCCAUGGCCACGGACGGAUCCGAACGAGAUCCGACCAAUAUCCAGUCGAAACACCAAAAACAUCAAGCUUUCGAAGCCGAAUUGGCUGCUAACGCCGACAGGAUCCAAGCUGUUCUCGGCAACGGCAACCAUCUGAUCGACAAUCAGCAAUGUCAGGGCUCCGAGGAAGCCGUCGUCAAGAGACUGGCGAGCAUCACCGAGCAGUGGGAGUUCCUCACCAAGAAGAGCGCCGAAAAGAGCAAUCAGCUCAAGGAGGCGAACAAACAGAGAACUUUCAACGCGGCCAUCAAGGACAUCGACUUCUGGCUCGGUGAGGUCGAGAGCCUUCUGAAGUCCGAAGACUCCGGUAAAGACCUCGCGUCCGUCCAAAACCUCAUGAAGAAGCACCAAAUGGUCGAGGCGGACGUGAUGGCGCACGAAGACCGAGUGAAGGACAUGAACGAGCUGGCCGACGCGCUCGUGGAGUCAGGACAGUUCGACCCGGCCGCCGUGCAGGAGAAACGACGCGACAUCAACGAGAGGUACGAACGGGUCAAAACCCUCGCAACGUACAGGAGAUCUCGACUUAAUGAGGCGAACACUCUGCAACAGUUCCUCCGCGACAUCGCCGACGAGGAGUCGUGGAUCAAGGAGAAAAAACUGCUCGUUGGUUCCGAUGAUUACGGUAGAGAUCUCACCGGCGUCGAAAAUCUCAAGAAGAAGCAUAAGCGUCUGGUGAACGAACUGCAGUCCCACGAACCCGCCAUCCAGUCCGUCGAAGAGGCCGGACAGAAACUCAUGCAGGAAAGCAACCUCGGAGUCCCCGAGAUUGAAGCCCGACUCCAGCAGCUGCAGGUCAACUGGCAGCAGCUGAAGCAGCUGAAGGACGAGAGAGGAGAAAAACUCGACCAAUCGCUAACCUAUCAGCAGUUCCUCACCAAGGUCGAGGAAGAGGAGGCUUGGAUCCAGGAGAAGCAACAGCUGCUCCAAGUUCAGGAUUACGGAGAUACGAUGGCGGCCGUGCAAGGUCUCCUGAAGAAACACGAAGCUUUCGAAAGCGAUUUCGGCGUCCACCGCGAGCGCUGCGCGGACAUUAAGGCCGCUGGCGAACAACUGAUUGCCGAAGGCAACCACCAUGGCGGAGCUAUUUCGCAACGCAUGCAGCAACUCAACAACAGGCUCGACCAACUCGAGGCCACCGCGGUCAACCGCAAGAACAAGCUUAUCGAUAACUCGGCUUAUCUGCAAUUCAUGUGGAAGGCGGAUGUUGUUGAAAGCUGGAUCGGAGACAAGGAAAUUCAUGUUAGAGGAGACGAUUUCGGACGGGAUCUGUCCUCCGUUCAAACGUUGUUGACCAAGCAAGAAACCUUCGACGCUGGAUUGUCUGCUUUUGAACAAGAAGGCAUCCAUUCGAUCACCGAGUUGAAGGAUCAGCUUGUGGACGCCAACCACGAUCAGAAAAACAACAUCAUUAAACGCCACGACCACGUUCUUUCACGAUGGCACAACCUCCGCGGAGCGUCCGAGGCUCGCAAGGCGAAGCUUAUCCAGAUGCUCGACCAAUACAAGCAGAUCGAAGAGCUGUUCCUCACUUUUGCGAAGAAGGCCUCCGCGUUCAAUUCUUGGUUCGAGAACGCCGAGGAAGAUCUCACCGACCCGGUGAGGUGCAACUCGCUCGAGGAAAUCGCAGCUCUUCGUGAAGCCCACUCCCAGUUCCAGGCGUCUCUUAGCAGCGCUCAGGCUGAUUUCGAUGCACUGGCAGCUCUCGCGGCGAAAAUCAAAAGCUUCAACGUCGGAACCAAUCCCUACACGUGGUUCACGAUGGAGGCUCUGGAGGACACCUGGAAAAACCUCCAGAAAAUUAUCCACGAGCGCGACUCCGAGCUCGGCAAAGAAGCUAAACGUCAACAGGAGAACGACAAACACCGAAGGGAGUUCGCGGUGCACGCGAACGCCUUCCACGCUUGGCUCGCCGAAACCAGAAUGUGGCUGCUUGACGGCUCUUCCAUGCUCGAAGGUAACGGUACCCUCGAAGCUCAACUGGAAGCGACGCGCAGAAAGGCUGCCGAGGUCAAAGCCAAGCGCGUCGACCUCAAGAAAAUUGAGGACUUGGGCGCUAAGCUUGAAAAGUACCUCAUUCUCGAUAAUCGUUACACCGAACAUUCGACCGUGGGACUCGCCCAGCAAUGGGACCAGUUGGACCAACUGGGCAUGAGAAUGCAGCACAACCUCGAACAGCAGAUCCAGGCCAGGAACCAGAGCGGAGUGUCCGAGGAUGCUCUCAAAGAGUUCUCGAUGAUGUUCAAACACUUCGACAAAGACAAGUCUGGAAAACUGAACCACCACGAGUUCAAAUCGUGUCUGCGAGCUCUUGGCUACGACCUCCCCAUGGUUGAAGAGGGUCAACCCGACCCAGAAUUUGAGGCUAUCCUCAAUGCGGUCGACCCGAACCGCGAUGGACAUGUUUCGCUGCAGGAAUACAUGGCUUUCAUGAUUUCGAGAGAAACCGAGAACGUCCGAUCGUCCGAAGAAAUCGAGAACGCUUUCCGCGCCAUCACUUCCGGCGAGAGACCAUACGUCACCGCUGACGAGCUGUACGCGAACCUCAGCAAGGAAAUGGCCGAUUAUUGCAUGGCCAGGAUGAAGCCUUACGCGGAGCCGAAAACUGGUCGUGACAUUCAAGGCGCCUACGAUUACGUUGAUUUCACCCGUACACUGUUCCAAAAUUAAAAAUAAGACAAGGGAAAGCCGCUGAACUGCCCAUACCGGUGACGUUAGCACGACUAUUCUUCGCCAGCUUUUACAUGUGCAUUACCAUUAAAUGAACGAGUAGCAAGUAUUAUGGCAAAAUUACGCAACGCUGUUCUUAUUCUAUUAGGACGCUCGGAGCACUCCGCUCUUCCUCAAGAGACUUCGCCAAACUUUUCCAGCUCGGAUCGAUAUCCUAGUCAUUGGCGAACCUUCCAUGAAUUCGAAUUGGUGACA